AUGCCCGUCGAGCGUUGGACAUCGAAGGCACAGAAGCUUGCAAAUUCGAGAUUGAGUCCGCAUAUAGGGGAAGUCAGCUUCCAUACCGGUAGGUUGUCGCCACUUGGAUCAGCGUCCUUUGGCGCGCCAGUCACGCGUAUCUUAGCUGCUGGCCAGGCACUCCCAUCGCCUUCUGGAGACGGGUACCAUUACAUCCACAAACGUGAUAUCGCGGCUAUCCAGGAUGCAAUGCAUGCGGCCCUGCAUCCGGGUGAUGCCACAGGGGGCGAUGAACUGCUCUACGGGCGUGCGGGAUUGUUACACACACUGUUAAACUUACGAGAGCUACAACUAGACGAUGAGACUAUGCAGGUAUUACGGGCAUCAGUCUUCAAAAAGAUCCCGCUUCUAGUUGACUCCAUGAUUUCCUCUGGUAAGCUUGCAGCGAGAGAGUAUCUUGAGCUGUAUGGAGAGCAAGAGUAUAUGCCGUUGAUGUGGCCGUGGCACGACAAAUAUUAUAUUGGCGCGUGGAAUACUCAACGUCUUACUUGCUUGUGA